AUAAAUGAAUCCAGCGCUCUCCGUCACAAGAUAGACAGACUGGAAAUAAAAAUAGCAAAAACCGACGCUUUGGAAGCUACUCUCGGGGUAUGUACUGCAGGUCCUCUUCUUACAUGUCAUGACGAAGAAGAUCAAUCACAGCCAUCUGAUCUCCGUGCUGCUGCUUGUGUUAGCACCGAUCGUCGCGGCACAAAACCAUAAUGGGACGAAUCCGGGUCAAGAAAAUCAGUACGGGUUCAAUACCCGAAUCAACCCGUCGAUGGCGAUCAUCAUCGUCGUCCUCAUCAGCGCAUUCUUCUUCAUGGGCUUCUUCUCCAUCUAUAUGCGCCAGUGCUCCAGAGAGUCCGGCAGUAGCAACGCCGGCAUCCUCCAGAACGGCGCCCGCGGCAGAUCGCGGCGCGGUGCGGUGCGAGGGCUCGACCCGGCCGUGAUCGAAACGUUCCCGAUCCUCGAGUACACGGUCGUCAAAGGGCUCAAACUGGGCAAGGGAACGCUAGAAUGCGCCGUGUGCUUAAACGAGUUUGAAGACGACGAGACGCUGCGACUCCUCCCUAAGUGCAACCAUGUAUUCCACCCGGAUUGCAUCGAUGCUUGGCUCUCUUCCCAUACCACAUGCCCCGUCUGCCGCUCCAAUCUCGUGCCGGGAUCCGAAUCGGAAGUUGUUGCCACUUUCGAAACGCCCGAAUCCGAACCCGUUACGGAAGGCGAAAACCGAGAUUCGCAGAGGCUGGAGCACGUUGCGAUCGACGUUUCAGAUGAAAGGGACCAAGAUCUGCAGCCGGAGGUGAUCAACCCCGCGCAGAUGCCGGUCCCAAUUCAGAACCGGCCGGUCCGGUCCAAGUCGAGACGGCGGCCGUUGAGAUUCCCACGGUCGCAUUCGACGGGGCAUUCGCUCGUGCAGCCCGGGGAGAACGUGGAGAGGUUUACGCUGCGGCUGCCAGAGCACGUGAGGAAAGAGAUCGUGAACGGGAGGCUGCAGCGGACGACCAGCUGCGUCGCUUUCCCAACCGGAGAUGGGUCAGUUUCCGGUGGGAGCAGCCACGGCGGGAGGAUCUAUAAAGGCGGAAGAGGAGAAGGGAGCAGCCGGGGCGGGAGGAGUUAUAAGGGCGGAGGAGAAGGGAGCAGCCGCGGUCGGAGCUUCCGGUUCGACUGGGCCGCUAAGUCGGACCGGUGGGGUUUCUCGAUGACGCCUCCGUUCUUUUCUAGGACGCUUUCCGUUAGGUCUCCAAAGGUACCUGACGGCGAGCAAACAUCAAAUGCUAAGAGUCUUUUUCCUUCCGUUAAGACGCCGUUUGACUGCUUGGGAGCUAAGGCCGAAACGGAGGGGCAGGCAUCGGCCCACGGUUCGACCCCGGUUUUCACGGUUUCUAAUUCUGCCCAUUAGAGUAGAA